UUCGGACUCCCGGGAAGAAGGAUUCAAUAAGGCGUCAACUUUGGUGGCUCUUAACAUCCCAAAACCAACGCUUGUUACAGCAAAUACUGCCGUCGGCGGCCCAUACUGUCCCAACAAGAAGUACAACAGCAAAUGUUAAGAUGGUGGUGGCAGGCAGUAAAAGCAAAGACCGAGAUCUUUUUUCAGUUAAAAAAAGAAGUGAUGCAAGCACUACCGAUAAAAAGAGGAAGAAGCAGAACAAGAGUGAAGGCAACGUACAGAAAAAACAGAAAUUGGAGGGUUUUUCAGCAGCUGAAAUACACCCUUUGACUUAUGAGACGUUGGUAGACGGACAGGUGCUACUAGGUCGUGUGUACGAGGUUCAGGACUAUAAUGUUCAAAUCAGUCUGCCACACAGGCUGAAGGGAACAGUGACCAUUGCUCACAUAUCUAAUGCUUACAGUGCCCUGCUCACCAAGGUCAAAGAAAAUGAUGAUGACUGUGAAGAGAGAGUGCACUUGCUGCAGGAACUCUUCAAGCCAGGCCAGUAUGUAGUUGCCCGAGUGCUACACGUUGAAGAUGUUAACAACAAAUUUAGAGUGAAUCUGACAUUGGCUCCCCAAGAAGUCAACUUUGCGGUCCAUGUAUCACAACUUGAGGUUGGCUUUGUCUUGUCUUGUGCUGUGUCAAGUGUAGAAGAUAAUGGGUUUGUUAUGGAUACUGGUAUUUCUGGUGUUAGAGCAGCUUUUUUGAAGGACACAGCAACAGAUGGUGCAGGAAUUGUUGGAGUGGGUAGUAUUGUUCGCUGCAUUGUAACCCACAUUACGAGAAGUGAUGAUACAUACACACGACUGCAGCUCAGUGCUAAUGCAGAAGCUGUCAGGAAGGCCACUCUCAGUAUCACUGAUACAACUAACCUGUCUCUUCUACUGCCAGGCACUGCAAUUAACACUUCUAUAUCAAAGGUAUGUUGA